CACUAAGCUCCCAGGGUUGCGGGCGCUCGUGGACGCUCUGUCCAUCCCUUUCGCGGGUCCCACAGCUGUGGAUCGUAUUCCCUUUUCCCCGAGGCCGCCGCCACGACCUGAGAGCACACGCACACAUGAGUCAUGACACACCCACGCCGCAUCCAAACCCUCGCCCCGGACCUCCAUCGCGCUGCAGCCGGAACCAGCGCGGCCCCCAGCCCCGUCACCGCCCGAACUGCUCCCUUCUCCACGGCGCCCGCCGCCUUCCGCCGCAACACUAGGCUCCUCUCAGGGGAGAAACCGCUGACUGUAGAGUACAUCGUGCCCAUGGCCAUGGGGCAUGAGCGCGAGGAGCUGGAGGCGAAGCUCCAGGUGAAGAAGCGCUUUGACAUUGAUCCACCCGUCGCCCCCUUUGGUACCAAUGUCGAUUCGCUCAGCGGUGUCCUUCAUUGGCUUGGCUGCGGCGGUGCGUGCGGCUUUGGGUGGCGCGGAGGUGGCGUCCCGUCUUCUCCGUGCCGCCUGCUUCUCCUCGCUGGUUCAUUUCCUCUCUUGCAUUCUCUGUAAAAAAAUCGCGUUGGUGCCCCACUUCAGGGUGUGAUUCCUGCAAAUUCAGCGAUUUGGGGUCGCAUUUUGCUGUCGUUUCUGCCGGCGGCGCUACUUUGCCGUGCUUACUGUUUUUUGUGCGCGCAUGGGCAUGCUUUCUAGGGAUUUAGGUUGACGGGUUGGGGAUUUGAGUGCCUGGAGCCAACAUGAACCCUGUAUUUGGUUGGACGUUUCUUCAGUUUCAUGUCCAUGGGUGCAUGGCUGUUUGUGAUUGCAGCGGUGGCUAAUGUCUGAUUUACCGUAAAUCGGUUUUGCCUAAUGCAGGCUUACCUUUUAGGUUUAGGUGUUACCCAUUUGAAGUUUACACUAAAGGAUGUACAAAGAAGGCUCUGUGUACAAACCAAUCAGAGGGAAGAAAAAAAAGGAGUAAUUAAGCUAGCCUUUCUCUGUAUCUGAUAAUUCUGGUAUGUGAUUGAGACAGUGUUUUUUAUUCAUAUGAAUUGCAUCACCAGCUGACGAUUAGGUAUUGUAUUUUCUUGAAACAACAGUUUGUUAGUUGCUUAGUGCUUCUCAAUGCAGCACUGAUGUUAGACGCCAUUCUAAUAGAAUUUGGGAAGUACAUGUAGUGAGACAAUAGGUGUCACAUAUGAAUGUUUUAGCUACCAUAAGGAUUUUGAGCAUCCAACCAGCCUAGCGUUUUCAGUACACUUACCUCUAUCUCAUCAUGCAAAAUAGAAUCAGGUUUCAUAAGUUAAAAACAUUCUACAAACUUUGCUGCAUUAAUUAGAUCAGAGAUGAGUAAUGUCAAUUCUGGAGUCGUAUGCCUUACCUCUAUAGUAUGAAGGUUUAGUUGUUCGUAAUGGAUGGAAAAUCUGGCUUUUUUGCACUGGCGUGUGCUGGUGUGUGACAGGUUGAUAUGUUGCAUGAUUCAGUUUUCUCUGUGCAUGGUAGAGCUACAGAUUUGGAGUGUUGCAUGAUUCGGUUUACUCAGUGAUGGUAUAGCUACAGGUUUGGAGUCAGUUUGUUUUGUGCAGUCUAUGCUGCUGAUUAGUGUUUACUGCUUCCAGGUGAAGCACUAGGCAGGUAGGCAUGACGUUUGGCUUGUGCAUCCAAGUUCCAGGAACCUCCAAUGAGCAUAGAAAUUGUACAGAAUCUAGGAAAAGUCCUGUUCACAAAACCAUUUGGGCAUCAUGUUAUGGAACCAAAUAUGCCCAAUAGCUUUGGCUCUGGUGUGCUUAACAAAACAAUGUAAGAUCAUUUUUGUUUGCUUGAGAAUCUUAUGCACCAUAGGAAAAACAAAUCCAGGUUAGUUUAUCGUUUGAAAUGUUCAAUUGCCUACGCUAUUCCACCACCAAGUUAGUUGUGCGAUAAAUAUUACUUUGUCCACCCAAAUUUUCUGUGACGUAAUUAGUACGAGUUCAGUUUUUCGGAAGUGCUAUGUUCAGGUAAGAUAAAUCCGAAUAUGACGUUCCUGUGAGGUGCUUCUGAAUUGCCCCCAAAGUGUUCAUUGUGAAUCAAAUCUGUUUUUUUUUUCUCAUGGAUUAUGCGUCAAAUUAGUAAGUGUGAUUGCUAUCUAUAAAAUCAUAUCUUAGAUUUUGAACAUUAAAUUUAUUAAUAUUAUUUUUAUGUUUUUAUUCUGUAAGUAUGAGGUGGCUCUUCUAAACUAUAGUGGGCUUUGCACAUGAGGCUGGUUGUGUGAAGCUGUAAUUUUGCUGAUAUCCGGCACAAAUUUCUGUUGUUUCAGUGUAGGUCUCCUAUGAUGAUGAUAUUUCAAGAUUCAUUGAAAGUGAAAGGAAAAGAACAAACCAGAAGCCACCAGUUUUGUCGUGCAUGCUUAAGAUAGACUUGUGUUCUCGUGGUUAACUGGCCUCUUAUUUUAGUUAGUGCUAGCUGACCUCGUGUUAGGCACUGAUUACAAUAUGUUAAUCUUUCAAAUAAUAAUUCCUUUAGGUAUCAGAUUUCUAUCGUGCUGAGUAAUGGUUUCUCAACAAUCCUGUUUAUUCUCAGUGAAUAGUUAAAGUUAUUCACUAUACUUUAAGUAAUUGACGGUAACAAAUCUUGUGUUGUAUGCAAGAGAAACCUGAAGUCCUGAGCAUCAACAUAAUGAUUCUGCUCUUCCACUUAUAAUUAUAGGUGUGACCAUCCCAUAUUUAAAUAAGGAUGGAUGAUGAUCCAUUUAUACUUCUCAAUUCAUUCUUCUGUAAUAUUUUUUCAUGUAACAAAUAUUGUUGGGCACAGACAUACAAGUGUAAUGUGCCAUUUAUCUUUCUUGCACUAGACCAUGUUGCCUUAAAACUUCAAUUCAGUACACUGCUGGUAUACACAAUGACAUAUUGGUCACAUUGAUCCAGAUUGUAGACACAAUAGGUAAAAGCAAUUUUGUUAUUAUUGGGCAUAUAUCUCUUCUUGGAAUUGUAAACCAAUGCUAUUAUGAAGAUCAAUAAAGUAAAUUUUAUGAA